GUCCCUCCUCCGUGGCCCCGCCCCCCGGCAGGCAGCUCUCCGGCCCGCGCUCAGUGUCGCGCCCUCUCUCUCUCUACGUGUGUGGAGCUGCGGACAUGGCGGCCGAGCAGCAGCAAUUUUACCUGCUUCUCCAGAACCUGCUGAGUCCGGACAACGGCACCAGGAAGCAGGCCGAGGAAGCCUAUGACGGCAUCCCAGGGCCAUCCAAGAUCACUUUUCUUUUACAAGCUAUUCGGAAUGCCGGGGCUGCGGAAGAGGCAAGGCAGAUGGCAGCAGUCUUGCUGCGACGCCUCUUGUCUUCAUCCUUUGAAGAGGUCUAUCCAUCCCUUCCAACUGAUGUGCAGAAUGCUAUAAAAACUGAACUACUGGUGGUCAUUCAGCUGGAAUCUCAGUCCAGUAUGAGGAAGAAGAUCUGUGAUAUUGUUGCAGAACUGGCUCGAAAUUUGAUUGAUGAUGAUGGCAAUAAUCAGUGGCCUGAAGCAUUAAAGUUCUUAUUCGACUCUGUGAACUCGCAGGAUGUGGGACUACGCGAAUCUGCUCUGCAUAUUUUCUGGAAUUUCCCUGGUAUAUUUGGAAAUCAGCAGCAGCACUACCUAGAAGUAAUCAAAAGAAUGCUUGUGCAGUGCAUGCAAGACCAGAAUCAUCCAGGGAUCAGGACACUGUCUGCCAGAGCUGCUGCUGCAUUCGUUCUGGCCAAUGAACACAAUGUUCCAUUACUGAAGCACUUUGCGGAUUUAUUACCUGGCAUCCUGCAGUCAGUAAAUGAAUCCUGUUAUCAGAAUGACGACUCGGUCCUGAAGUCUCUGGUUGAAAUAGCUGACACCGUUCCAAAGUAUUUGAGGCCUCACUUGGAAGCAACACUGCAGUUAAGCUUGAAGUUAUGUGCAGAUUCCAGCUUGAAUAACAUGCAGAGACAGUUGGCACUUGAGGUCAUUGUCACCCUUUCUGAGACCGCAGCCGCUAUGUUGAGGAAACAUACUAGUAUUGUUGCCCAAGCUAUGCCACAGAUGUUGGCAAUGAUGGUAGACUUGGAAGAUGAUGAAGAGUGGUCAAAUGCUGAUGAAUUGGACGAUGACGAUUUUGACAGCAAUGCUGUAGCUGGUGAAAGUGCUUUGGACAGAAUGGCCUGUGGCUUAGGUGGAAAAAUUGUUCUCCCCAUGAUAAAGGAGCACAUCAUGCAGAUGCUACAAAAUCCUGACUGGAAGUACAGGCAUGCUGGUCUUAUGGCAUUAUCAGCCAUUGGGGAAGGUUGUCACCAGCAGAUGGAGGGCAUCCUCAAUGAGAUGGUUAACUUUGUAUUGCUCUUCCUUCAAGACCCGCAUCCUAGAGUGCGCUAUGCUGCAUGCAAUGCUAUUGGACAGAUGGCAACUGACUUUGCCCCUGCCUUCCAGAAAAAGUUUCAUGAAAAGGUCAUUGCAAGCCUACUGCAAACCAUGGAAGACCAGGCUAACCCUCGAGUCCAGGCCCAUGCUGCUGCAGCUCUUAUUAAUUUCACUGAAGAUUGCCCCAAGUCACUCCUAGUUCCUUAUCUGGAUAAUUUGGUUAAACAUUUACAUUCAAUUAUGGUGGUCAAAUUGCAGGAGUUAAUCCAGAAAGGCACAAAGCUGGUUUUGGAACAAGUGGUGACAUCAAUUGCCUCUGUUGCUGACACUGCUGAAGAGAAGUUUGUUCCUUAUUAUGAUAUGUUUAUGCCCUCCCUGAAACAUAUAGUGGAAAAUGCCGUGCAAAAAGAGCUACGCCUUCUCAGAGGGAAAACCAUUGAGUGCAUAAGUCUUAUUGGUCUAGCUGUUGGUAAAGAGAAGUUUAUGCAAGAUGCGUCAGAUGUGAUGCAGCUGCUGCUAAAGACUCAGACAGACUUCAGCGAGUUAGAAGAUGAUGAUCCUCAGAUUUCAUAUAUGAUAUCUGCAUGGGCACGUAUGUGUAAAAUCCUUGGAAAAGAAUUCCAGCAGUACCUUCCUGUGGUUAUGGGACCUCUCAUGAAAACUGCUUCCAUUAAACCAGAGGUGGCUCUUCUUGAUACUCAAGACAUGGAGAGCAUGGGUGAUGAUGAUGGAUGGGAGUUUGUUAAUCUAGGAGACCAACAAAGUUUUGGAAUCAAAACUGCUGGACUUGAAGAAAAAGCAACUGCUUGCCAGAUGUUGGUCUGUUAUGCUAAAGAGCUGAAGGAAGGAUUUGUGGAGUACACAGAACAAGUUGUAAAACUAAUGGUUCCACUCCUUAAGUUCUAUUUUCAUGACGGGGUAAGAGUUGCUGCUGCAGAGUCUAUGCCACUGUUGUUGGAAUGUGCACGGGUACGCGGCCCCGAGUACCUAACCCAAAUGUGGCACUUCAUGUGCGAUGCUCUUAUAAAAGGAAUUGGAACAGAACCAGAUUCUGAUGUUCUGUCCGAAAUUAUGCACUCUUUUGCUAAGUGCAUAGAGGUGAUGGGAGAUGGAUGUUUAAACACUGAACAUUUUGAAGAACUUGGAGGCAUGCUGAAGAGUAAACUAGAAGAGCACUUUAAAAAUCAAGAGCUAAGACAAGUAAAAAGACAAGAUGAAGAUUAUGAUGAACAAGUUGAGGAAUCCCUGCAAGAUGAGGAUGACAACGACGUUUACAUUCUGACUAAAGUAGCAGACAUUUUGCACUCUAUAUUCAGUAGCUACAAAGAGAAGGUGUUGCCGUGGUUUGAGCAGUUGCUGCCAUUAAUUGUUAACUUAAUUUGUCCUCAUCGACCAUGGCCAGACAGACAGUGGGGACUCUGUAUCUUUGAUGACGUCAUUGAACACUGUAGCCCCACUUCCUUCAAAUACGCCGAAUACUUCCUUAGACCUCUGGUACAGUCAAUCUGUGACAGCAGUCCAGAGGUUCGUCAAGCGGCUGCUUAUGGUGUUGGUGUGAUGGCACAGUUUGGUGGUGAUAAUUAUCGUCCUUUCUGUACAGAAUCUCUUCCACUUCUUGUUGGGGUUAUACAGACCCCCGACUCUAAAACCAAAGAGAAUAUCAAUGCAACAGAGAAUUGCAUUUCAGCUGUAGGAAAAAUAAUGAAAUACAGACCAGAUUGCGUUAAUGUUGAUGAAGUUCUGCCUCAUUGGCUGUCAUGGCUGCCGCUGCAUGAGGACAAAGAGGAAGCUGUUCACACUUUUAACUUUCUCUGUGACCUUCUAGAAAGUAACAAUCCAAUUGUGCUUGGACCCAACAACUCAAACUUACCCAAAAUAUUUAGUAUUAUAGCAGAUGGAGGAGUCCAUGAAUCUGUCAAAAAUGAAGACUUUUGUGGUAAAAGACUUGCCAAUGUAGUACGACAAGUUCAGGCAUCCGGAGGACUGUUCACACAAUGUGUAUCACAGCUGAGCCCAGUCCAGCAGGCGGCUUUACAAGAUCUCCUUAGUGCUGCGUGAAGACCACUACUGUUGGCGUAUAUCAGGAAAACUAACAUGAAAUAAACUUACCUCUUCUGUUUA